AUGGAGAACCGAUGCGCGGCUCUUCGGGAUCUUCGAGGCUCACUUGACUCUGAUUCGUCAAAUGUAGACACCAACCUCGCAAUGUCAUUGGUUCUAUGCUCACUUGAAAGUAUCAUGGCGGAUAAUGGCGACGCCUGGUUUCUCCAUCUUAGUGGCGCUGCAGGGGUCAUAACUUCCAGAUUGGACACUCGGGAGUCUCCCAAUAGACAAGGCUCUGCGCGCAUACUGCAACGGUUCGAGGACGGACACUCCGGACGGUGGCUCUUGCAUAACUUUGCCUAUCGCGACAUUGUCAUGUCUGUGGCGCGAGAUCAGGCGCCCCUUCUGAGCUCCCAUCACUUUUUACAACUCGAUGAGCCUCAAUUACCUGACCCACAUUUCGGCCUCGCAUCCGAGAUUUUGGAGAUCAUCUACCAUACGACAGCUUUAAAUGAGGAAGUCAAGGCGACACUUCGCCCGAAAUCCUCUCUACCGGAUAAUGUCCGAUUGAAUACAGAUAUUCGACCUCAACCUUCUAUUCGGUCACCAGCCAGGAUGUCAGAGUUCGUCUAUCUGGAGUCUCGUCUUACACAGUGGGCAUGUCCUCCCUCAACAGAUCUCUCAUUGAGACUGUUGGCCAAGUCAUAUCGCUGCUCUGCUCUGAUACAUCUGUAUCGUGUUAUGCGCCGUGCCUUCACUCAUCACCAGGAGGAACUCUCAUCAAAGAUCGCUACUCAGGUUGCAGCUACUGUGGGUAUUAUCGAGCAGAUGCCCACGCGAAGCUUGCCCGAGUGCACAUUGCUUUUUCCGCUGUUUCUUGCUGGUGGGGAGGCGAUACUGGACUCCCAUAUUAAGAGCAUUCGACAUAGGAUGCUGAGUAUGAUUGAGUCGCGUGGUUUCCGCAACGUUGAAGUCGCGUUGUCCGUUUUAGAGAAACUGUGGCGGCUGAGGAUCGCACGGAAGGCGGCAGAUCCUUCUGUGCGGGUUGACUGGCUCGACAUUGUGCAGCAAGAUGGUAUCAAUCUCUCCCUAUCAUGA